UCUCGUAGCGUGAAUGUCGAGACGAGCUUUCGUUAGGAAAGAAUCGUGGUGGAAAAACACGGCACGAUUUACCCCGUCGUUUACCUGACUUUUCAAUCCCAUUGUACCAGUGAUCGAAGAUCAAGAAAAGAGUGGCGUACCAUCGCAGAAACAUUUCAGGACAGCGGAACGGCACGUCGUUGAUUGAAUUAACGACAGAGCUGUAACUCUGGUGCAUUAGCGUCGCACAACGACCGGGAAACCCGCGACACUGAUGACAAUGCAAGACUGGAAACAACGACAGUGAAAGAUGGUGGACAAGGAAGACUUGGGUAUAACGAAGGCAAAGGCCCCACCGCCGCUGAAUCUCAGCGAGGCGAUCGAGGAUGAAGUGCUGAACCAAAAGACUGCUAGAAUCCUUAAGAAUGAUCUUCUUCUACACGAGGCUGUGAUAAAGAACGAAGCGGACACCGUUCGUAAAGUACUUAAGGAGACUGUUGACGUAGAUUCCAGAAAUAAUUAUGGUCGUGCUCCAAUUCAUUGGGCAGCGUCUCGAGGAAACACAGAAAUUAUUGAAAUGUUGAUACAAGCCAAAUGCGAUAUCGAAGCGAGAGAUAAGUAUGGAAUGCGCCCUUUACAUAUGGCCGCUCAACACGGACAUCGUGACGCGGUGAAGAUGCUGAUCAAUGCCGGAGCUAAUGUAUCCGCGAUUAACAAGAAACAGCAUACGCUGUUAAUGUGCGGUGCUCGCGGCAGCAAUGUAGCCGUGGUGGAGUAUCUCGCGGAAGCGGUAGAAUCGUUAAACGGAGAGGCCACCGAUUCCACCGGUGCAACUGCCCUUCAUCAUGCAGCCAUCGCCGGACAUCCCGCGGUGAUUACCGCGCUUGCAAACAUCCCGCGGAUCGUGCUGGACGCUACAGACAAAAAAGGACAAACACCGAUGCAUUGUGCCUGCGCCGAGGAGCAUUUGGAGGCAGUUGAAGUUCUCAUAGGAUUAGGGGCAAAUGUAGAUGCCCAGGAUAACGAUGGCAAUACUCCGCUUCACGUAGCUACCAGAACGAGACACACAGGAAUUGCGCAAUUAUUAUUAAAAGCCGAAGCGAAUACCGAGCUAAUUGACGCGGAGGGCUUCACUCCUCUUCACGUCGCCGCAAGCCAAGGAUGCAAAGGAAUACUCGAUUCCAUGAUUCAGCAUGGAGCGGAUAUUAACAAGCAGUGUAAGAACGGUAACACACCUCUGCAUCUGGCUUGCCAAAACAACGAAGUAGAAACGGUAGAGAUAUUAAUUAAUAAAGGCGUCGAUCUCAACUGUUUGAAUCUGAGAUUGCAAUCACCCAUACAUAUCGCAGCAGAGAUGGGACAUACGGAUAUUUGUGAAUUACUUCUUGCAGCAGGCGCAAAUAUUGAGCAAAAGGAACAGAGCGGCCGUACGCCACUUUACAUCGCGGCGAGGGGCAGUUUCACGGCCAUCGUCGACAUGAUCAUUAAAACCGCCAGAUUGGAUUACCCGACCCCGGAAAUCUCUAAUUCUGACAAAGAGGUUCGAGAAUUGACUCCGGCGCGAAGAUGGUGGAGAGAAGGAUCGCGCGGUGGUAGCAUUUCUAGUAACAACGGUCGUCUUUCCGAACAAAUUCGAUCCAUUUUUUGGAAAUUGGCCUACAAGCAGCUGGCACCUGGUGAUUGGAAAAAAUUAGCCUUUCAUUGGGCCUUCACCGCCGAACAGAUCAGAGCUAUCGAGCAUCAGUAUACCGCCCGAAUUAUAGGUCCCUCGAGCUACAAGGAGCAUGGAUUUCGAAUGUUAAUGAUCUGGGCCUCCGGACUGAAUCCAGACGUAUCACUGAUAAAAGAGCUCUGUGAAGCUUUGUCAGCGGUGGACAAAAAAGCAGUCGCUGAUUCCAUUCGCAAACAGAUGGAACAAGGAAACGACGAUAAAGCGAAAUCGAAAGGGCAACGAUGUCACAAAUGCUCCAUUACAUGAAUAUCUACAAGUGCCAAGCUCACACGUAAAUUCUACAUAUAUACAAAGAGUAAUGAAAGAAAUUUAAUGAAAGAAUAUUGUAAUUUAUGACAUAAUAACUGUUGUUGUUGAAAGCUUCCCGCAUUAUAAUGGGGAGAGUUCAACGAACUUGGCAAAAGCCAUUAACGAAGGAUUUAUGACAAAGGUUAAAAAAGUACAUGUUGUAUAAUACUUUUUGUACUAAUGAUAUUUUACGCAACAUUACGUAAAUUUUUAGAAUACAAACAACGAUUAUAAUUUAUGAUGCAGAUAUCGCUAUUAUUUCAAAACUAAGAAUUUCUUUACGAAAGAUCGGAUGUGUAUAAUUCGAUAAAUUUUAUAUACUUUAGUAUACGCGAAUUUAA